CAGAAAGUCUCGUACCUUCUUCCACACCAGUUCCGAUCAGAGAAACUCUCAAAAGAAAAAGACACAGAGACGAGAGUGUUAGGAAAUUUCCGACAAGAAACUUAACUCUGUUCGUCAUAGGAUCUCUACGAUCCAGAAGCUUCAAAAUAGAAGAAGCCGAAUAGAUCCAAGGUAGUUGUUGUGCCGUAGUAGGGAGAGAGAGAUGGGAGAUGUAUGGACGUGGAUCAUUUCAUUCCUAAUCCUUAUCACUCUUGUCGGAUUAAUCGUUUACCAGCUUAUAUGCUUAGCUGAUCUGGAGUUUGAUUACAUCAACCCUUAUGACUCUGCAUCAAGAAUAAACUUUGUGGUACUACCAGAGUUCAUUCUUCAAGGCUUCCUAUGUUUCUUUUACCUCGUAACCGGUCACUGGUUCAUGGCACUACUUGGUGUUCCUUAUCUCUACUACAACUUCCAUCUUUACUCGAAAAGACAGCAUUUGGUAGACGUGACAGAGAUCUUCAACUUGCUUGAUUGGGAAAAGAAGAAACGGCUCUUCAAGCUUGCCUACAUGAUCCUUACUCUCUUCCUCACCAUUUUCUGGUUAAUCUAUUCAACACUGGAUGAUCACGAGGACUGAAGGGGCGGCAAGGCGGCAACACACAACCGCCAUGUGACAUGAAAAGAAAGGUUUAUUACUGAGUAAUGUUGUUAGUGUUUGUUGUGGCAUUUGUGUUACAAGAUUUUACACAAGAUUUUUAGUCUGUAGUGAAACAUUCUGAUCUAAUGGAAGCUGAAACCCUCUUCCUUGUUUGGAGGUUUUCUUUUUGUUUAGCUGCAUAUUAAUAAGUUCUAAACAAAAUUUAACAAGUUGUUAAUUUGUAUUGAAGCCUGAA